AUGGGUAGAAAGCAAUUGAAUUUUAGGGUAUCGGUCGCACUGGUCGCCCUCACUCUGCUGGUUUUGCUUUGUCUACGGACAGAGGCGUUGUAUUUCUAUUUGGAAGGGAGUGAGCAAAAAUGUUUCCUUGAAGAACUUCCAAAAGAAACUGUCGUCGUUGGCACUUAUAAAGCCGAAGAAUGGUCCGAUAAACAAAAACAGUUCCACGAGAAUCGAAAUCUUGGGAUCCAAAUUACAGUCGAAGAACUGCCGCAUAAUUCUCGCUUGGUUAAUCAGAAAGGUCCGUCGAGUGGCACUUUUACAUUCACGGCAGUUGAAUCAGGCGAUCAUGCCAUUUGUUUCCGAACGAACUCUAGUUCGUGGUUCUCGAGCACUCAGGUUAGAUUACAUUUGGAUAUGGCUAUCGGAGAUGCUAUGAACGACGAAGACAUUGAUGCUAGUCAUAUUAACGAUCUAUCCCAGCUAGUGCAUGAUCUGAACAAUCGCAUCGCUGAUAUUAGGAGAGAACAAAAUUAUCAGAGGGAAAGAGAAGCGGAAUUCAGAGAUCAAUCCGAACUUACUAAUUCACGCGUGGUAGCGUGGACCAUAGUACAAUUGAUUGUACUAGGGAUAACUUGUUUGUGGCAAAUGCGACAUCUGAAGAGUUUCUUUGAGGCCAAGAAACUUGUUUAA